AUGUUCAGCGGUCGAGAGUCUCCCUCAGUCUCGCACUUGCUCCUCCUCGAGGUCCUUCUCUUUAGCAUCGUCAGCCUAUCACAAGCAGCAGCAGCAAGCAUGGUUGACCAAGAUUUAAAAAUGAGAAGCACCUCUCCUUCUCCUCCCCCUCCCGCCAACAUCCCGGUCACCAAUGCUACAACCGCUGGGGUUGUAGAAGAUUCCCCUCCCCCACCCUCGCCCUCCGACGCUGGUGCCCCUGGUAGAUUUGCUGCGUUUCGUCUUGCUGGGUAG